AUGUGUUUGAACACUGGCCAUCCCUGCAACUGUCUGACCGAUGGUAAUAUCUGUGAACCAUGCAGAAUGACAGCCAAAGACAGGGAGACGGAGGAGGCCCACCUGUCCAACAACAUCAAUGCACCGAGUCAAGUUGAGAGCACAUGUGAACCCGACCAGAACAUCUCUUCCAGUGGAGUCACGAGGGAGAGGGGCCGAAACUGGGGAUGGAUGCUGUCUGAGCUCAUUUGUUUAAACAUUUUGCUCCUGGGCUGCGCCUUGGCCAGUGGCAGCACUCGCAACGAUAUAAACGUCAGAACCACUGACCUUCAGAUUUACCUUAUUAUCCUCCUCCUCCUCACCUCCAUCUGGAUGAUUUAUUACAUCAUCUACACGGCCAGGAAAGAAAAUGCUGUUGUUUACCAGGACGCCCAUGCUGGACCGGUGUGGCUCAGGGGAGGACUUGUGCUAUUUGGACUGCUCAGUAUUAUCAUGGACAUUUUCAAGAUAGCCAGCUAUGUGGGCUAUCUCCACUGCGAUUCUGGUGUUAAGGUUGCAUUCCCUGUGGUGCAACUUGUUUUCAUACUUGUGCAGACAUAUUUCCUGUGGAUCCAUGCCAAGGACUGUGUGCAGCUACAAAAGAACAUUACACGCUGUGGGCUGAUGCUCACGCUCUCCACAAAUCUGGUUGUGUGGAUGACAGCAGUGACUGAGGAGUCCCUUCACCAAACAACCGUUCCAGACUAUCCAAGCAACACCACUAAACUCGCUGGACGAAGCCUGUACAUUAGUAAAGCAAGUUAUGGAGACAGUAAGUGCAAGUGCAGCCACACUUCAUGUGGUAUCUUCAAGGAAGCCUACUACUACUUGUACCCCUUCAAUAUCGAGUACAGUCUAUUUGCCUCUGCCAUGGCCUACGUCAUGUGGAAAAAUGUUAGUCGAGUAUCAGAUGAUCACGCCCACCACCACAUCAAAUUCCGUCUGAAGGAUAUAUUUCUCGGUCCUGUAAUGGGAGUCCUCUUAGUGGUGGCAGGUCUGGCAACCUUCAUCGCAUAUGAGAUGGAAAUGAAAAAAGUAGAUAAUGAUGACGACAAGAAAGACAAAGCACUGAUGAUGCACUUUGUCACAAAUAUAGUCAUAGUGACCUUGAUGUCCAUUUCCACUGUGAUUGGCUGCACUAUCUACAAGGUGGACCACAGGGAGCAUGUAUCAGAGAAAAACCCCACACGCAGCUUAGAUGUGGGGCUGUUGGUUGGAGCCUCACUGGGACAGUUCAUCAUCAGCUAUUUCACCAUUGUAGCCAUGAUUGCAACUGGAGCCAAAGGCUACCUAAACAGGCUCAACCUGGCCUGGGCUAUCUUGAUGGUGAUCCAGCUCGGCCUGCAGAACUUUUUCAUAAUUGAAGGUCUACAUCGAGAGCCCUUCCAUGAGGUGCACCCAGUCACUGUGGUUGUAAAUCCAUAUGUGCUGGAGCCGAGCAAAGAGCUGAGCAGCCUUGAAGCAUCAGACAUAGACACAAAGCCCAGUCCAUUACCCACAGAGCAUGCCAUGCAUGGCCACACGGCUGAGCACAGACCCAAACUGUCAUGGAAGAGACGGGUGUUGAAGGAGGUCUGUGCAUUUCUGCUGCUCUGCAACAUCAUACUGUGGGUCAUGCCGGCAUUUGGUGCUCGUCCCCAGUUUGACCAUGACGCUGAAAUUAAAUUCUACAACUUCAGCAUGUGGGCUGCAAUUGUCAACAUUGGACUUCCUUUUGGAAUCUUUUACCGUAUGCAUUCAGUCGCCAGUCUGUUUGAGGUUUUCCUGACCUCAUAGCGCCACAGGAGGACCAAAAGUGUCCAGCCAACUCUUUUGACAUUAUAAAACUGUUUUGUAUAUAUUGUACGUUGUUUUGAUGAUGCUUCAUUAUUUUUCUAAAACAAAGCUGUUAUUUCUCUCUCUUUCUGAAGUAGAUAUUGACUGACGAAUAUUAUCACUUGGAUGUCUCUCUAAUUAUUUGCAUAUUUUACAGUGUAAAUGUAUUCAAAAAGUUAUUUUCAAAAUGCAAAGAAAAAUGAAAAAAAAAAAACAAACUUCAUUGUGAAGCUGAUCUUGUACAAUUUCAUGCCGCAGGCUGUGUAUGCAUUAUAUAAUAUAUAUAAAAGCAAGAAAUAAAAU